UUUGUUGAGACAUAUUCAAAUCAUUUUUAAGUUCAAGAGUCUGAUUGUAUUCUUUUCUUUGAGGAAGAUCUUUAACCGAUAUAUUUGAUUUUGGGUGGUGUGCUAUGUUCAGAUAUAAACUAUUUUACAUGUUUAUUUCACACAAGGCUUGUUAUCUUCGUCAUGGCUGUGUAGAAUUUGCAAAGAACUUUCACAAAGUUGCUAAUUCCGUGAUACCCGUAAGAACAUCAGUUUACAACUUGAAUCAGAAGCUGAAUGAGUUAUGGAAAUCAGGCCGGGUCAAUGAAGCACAUUACCUAUUCGAUGAAAUGCCUGAGAAAGAUGAGUUUACAUGGAAUACCAUGAUUGCUGGUUAUGCAAACUCAGGGAAGGUGAUCGAGGCGCAUAAGUUAUUUGAUGAUACUCCAAAGAGGAGUUCCAUUACAUGGUCUUCACUAAUUUCUGGGUACUGUAGAUUGGGGUUAGAAUUUGAAUCGAUGAGGCUGUUUUGUGAAAUGCAGAAUGAAGGGUACAAGCCGAGCCAAUUUACUUUAGGGAGUGUUCUUAGGAUGUGUUCGACAAAUGGAUUGUUGUCCAGAGGGGAGCAGGUUCAUGGGUAUUCAAUUAAAACUCAGUUCGAUGCAAAUGUUUUUGUGGUGACUGGACUUGUUGACAUGUAUGCACGAUGCAAGCAGGUCUCAGCAGCUAAAUAUCUGUUCAAGAUGAUGUCUUAUGGCAAGAAUCAUGUUACUUGGACUGCAAUGAUCACUGGCUACUCACAGAACCAGGAUCAACUUGGUGCUAUCGAGUGCUUUCGGGAUAUGAAGUCUGAAGGAGUUGAGGCUAACCAGUAUACAUUUCCUAGUGUUUUGACUGUUUGUGGGGAAAUCUUGGCUAUUAGGUUUGGGGUACAGGUUCAUGGUUGCAUUGUGAAGGGCGGUUUUGCUGCCAAUGUGUUUGUAGAGAGUGCGCUAGUAGACAUGUAUGCAAAAUGUGGGAGUUUAAAUGAUGCUAGGGUUGCAUUAGAGACUAUGGAAGUUGAAGAUGUUGUUUCUUGGAACUCUAUGAUUGUUGGGUGUGUGAGGCAAGGUUGCAAACAGGAAGCACUUCUUUUAUUCAAGAAAAUGCAUACCAAGAACAUGAAAAUCGAUGAUUUCACUUACCCAUCUGUGUUAAACUGCUUUGCUUCCUUAAACAAUGUUAAAGCUUCAAAAUCCAUCCAUUGUUUGGCUAUGAAAACCGGGUUUGGGGAAUACAUUCUUGUAAGCAAUGCUCUUGUGGACAUGUAUGCCAAAAGAGGAGACUUAUGGUGUGCAUUCGAGGUGUUCAAUAAUAUGGAGGAAAAAGAUGUGGUUUCAUGGACUUCAUUGGUCACUGGCUACACUCAUAAUGGCGCUUACGAGGAAGCUCUCAAAUUAUUCUGUAAAAUGAGAAUUUCUGGGAUCAAACCAGACCAGAUUGUCACUGCCAGCAUCUUGAGUUCGUGUGCAGAACUCACUGUUCUUGAUUUUGGACAACAAGUUCAUGUCGACUUCAUCAAAUCAGGUUUUCCUUCAUCUUUAUCAGUUGAUAACUCUCUUGUGACAUUGUACACCAACUGUGGUUGCAUUGAACAUGCUAACAAAGUUUUUGCUUUGAUGGAUAUCAAGAACGUAAUAACCUGGACUGCGCUAAUCAUCGGCUAUGCUAAAAACGGUAAAUCAAAGGAAUCUCACGCUGGACUUGUGGAUCAAGCCCGUCAUUACUUCAACUUAAUGGUCAAUGUUUACCAUAUAAAGCCAGGUCCAGAUCACUACGCUUGUAUGAUUGACCUUUUGGGUCGGUCAGGGAAGAUACACGAAGCCGAGGAGCUACUGAAUGAAAUGGUUAUCGAACCUGAUGCAACUGUAUGGAAAGCAUUGCUUUCCGCUUGCAGGAUUCAUGGAAAAAUAGAGCUUGCAGAAAAGGCGGCAAACACCCUUUUCGAAUUAGAACCUCAAGAUGCCGUUCCAUAUAUCAUGCUAUCAAACUUGUAUUCUUCGGCAGGUAAAUGGGAUGAUGCUGCAAGAAUCCGAAGGCUAAUGAAAUCAAGAGGUGUAAACAAGGAACCGGGCUACAGUUGGAUGGAAAUCAAUAGUAAAGUUCACAGCUUUAUGUCCGAAGAUCGAAGCCAUGAAAAGUGGAACGCGAUUUAUUCAAAGAUCAAUGAGGUUAUGAUGUUGAUUCGAGAAGCCGGUUAUGUCCCAGAUAUGAAUUUCGCGUUGCAUAAUAUCGAUGAAGAAGGUAAAGAACUUGGUCUUGCUUAUCACAGUGAGAAGUUAGCAGUGGCGUUCGGGCUUCUGGAAUUGCCACAGGGAACACCAAUCCGAAUCUAUAAGAAUCUCAGGGUUUGUGGCGAUUGUCAUACUGCUAUGAAGUUUAUAUCGAGUGUUUUUCGUCGAAUUAUAAUCUUACGAGAUUCGAAUCGGUUUCAUCACUUCAGAGAAGGAGUUUGUUCUUGUGGAGAUUACUGGUAACCAAAAGUUCAUCUGCCUUUGCCCAUUUCAAUAUCUUCGGGUUCUUGUGAUCAUGAUUGCGAUUCAGAAUGGAGAUCAAAAAACGAGCUACAAAACGUCAAGAUGGCAGGCAUUUUUCGGGCACAAAUACAAUGACAGAAUACGGUUAGUAAAAGAGUUAUUGAUUUUUUGAAUUAUACCACAAUGAGCAGAUGGUUGUUUGGUAAAAAGGAAUGCAAAAG